AUGACGCCCGAAUUGGUUCGUCAGAUACACCUCCUCGCGAGAAGCCAAGGCGCCACGUGUUUCCCGCAAGGGGAAGGCGGAAACACCCGCUCCGAUCGAACCGACGAGCGGGGGAAUGGCGGAAGUGGAGGCAGCGCGUCCUCCACGAUCGCAGCUGCAGCCGCAGCAGCAGCCGCCGCAGCGGCGAAUCCCAGCCAGCUGUCGAGCGCUUUUGCGGACCGCGAUGGCUCAUUCGGGAGCCUCCCUUUUUCGCUCUCGGGGUGGGAAACGGCGGUCGGCCGCUUUCCUGGUGGUACUGCUGCUACUAGUCGCGGAAUUCUCGAGCAACCGGCGCGUUCCGAUUAUCUGUUGCAAACGCAACAUCCAUCCGCGCCGUUGAAGUCGUUCGCGCCGUUCGAUCCAUGUGCUUCAGUCGCUCCAUCCGCGCCGUCCGCUCAGUUCGCGGCGGCCUCCCGAAGCUUUUCCGCCUUCCAGCAGCCCUCGGGCUCUCCUCCGCUCGCUGCGGCGGAAGCAGGCCAACCCGUAGCGCGUCAGCCCUUAACGCGUCGCCCAUCGGCGGAUGGUGCAACGGAGACGUCGGCCGAGGAUAUGAGUGUCCCUCCUAGUAGGAGGAGCAUUAAAAGGGCCAGCGGCGCAGGUGCAAACUCGGCGCAUAACAACGCGGCGAGCGCGGCGGUACCUGCUACUACCCCUGCCUCUGCCGCUCGCCGUCGCCGCGGCGGGAGCAGCGGCCCCGCCGCGGGCGACGGCGCAAGCUCUGGCGGAAGCUCCAGCGGAGGCCGAGAUAUCCCCCGGGCGGGGGAAGAACCCGCGGAAGCAUCUGGCGCGACGGCGCCAGCGGCGCCAGAGGCGGCGGCGGAGGCGACGGCGGCGGCGACGGCGGCGUGGGAGCAGCACCAGUGGUCGCGCGGAGUGGCGGAGCUGGUGAGCGCGGACGGGCACCGGUGGCUCAAGUACGGCGCGAAGAAGCUCAGCACCAAGAACGGCGGCCAGCGCAGGGCGUACUACCGCUGCGCGGCCAGCUCACCCCACCACCGCACGGCAGGGUCCGCACCGUGCCCUGCACGCAAGGUGGUGAACUCGCACCCUCUGCGCCCCUUCGACCUCAGCGCUGUCACUGUGGAGUAUCUCUCCGAGCACAACCAUCCUGUGGAGGGAGAGCGCUUGGUUGUGCGUGACUAUAAAGGGCGCCGGGUUCCCCGCGCUUGGGAUGAUGGGGCAGCUGCUGGUGAGGAUGGGGCGCAGGUGGCGAGUGCUGAUGUCAGCCUGACCGUUGCUGCUGAUGGUGAAGCCUGGACUGCUGCGGGUGGUGCUGCUGCUGCUGCUGCUGCUGCUGCUGCUGCGGGUGGUGCUGCUGCUGCUGCUGCUGCUGCUGCUGCAGGCGAUGACAUGGUUGUAUCGCAUGAUGAAUUUCCUUUUGAGGAGGACACUCCCCAGCUCAGAUAUUUUAUGGGUGUGGGUGGCAAAGAGCCUAGCCAAGGAAUGUGCGUGAAAGGUGCAGCGGAGCACGAUUUUUCUCGCAGCAACAGUAGUGUUACAGAACAUUGUGUGGAGCCUGUGGAGCAGCCUUUAUUGAUGACUGGUGCAGCAGACAGGGGGAGUGAGGGUGUUGAUGGUCAAGUGGAUGUGGAACUGCAUCUAGCCUGCACGUAUGGCAGUGCAGAGCAACGAAUCAACCUGUUUGCUGGGGAGGGGGUUGAGGGUUGCCAAACAGGUUUCAGAAGAAUGAGGUUCAGUGAGGGUGGCUGCUACACUGGAGUUUUUGGAAUGGGUGCAGUUGCAUGA